GGCAAAUCAAAAAGAAACUCGGAGUUUGCCCAUGUAAUAAUGAGCGAAGAUACCACAACUUUCGUGCCUGGGCUGGCUUUAAGUGCCAAAGGUAUGGAUAAUGAUGCGUUUCCAGAGGAGGUAGUCGACGAAAUUGAUGGCUACGACUACGUCGUAGUCGGUUCAGGGGCCGGUGGUGGACCUUUGGCCGCUAAUCUCGCUCAAAAUGGCCAUAAGGUUCUCCUGCUCGAAGCAGGGGAUGACCAGGGAUCCAACAUUCACCAGCAGGUUCCUGGCUUUCAUUUCUUGUCUACAGAAGACAAGAAAAUGCGCUGGGACUAUUUCGUCAAGCAUUAUGCGGACGAUACCUUUGCGCAGCAAGAUUCAAAAAUGACUUGGGAGACAACCGAGGGAACAUUAUAUGUCGGAUUGAAUCCCCCAAGCGGUUCGAAACCGAAGGGGAUUCUUUACCCUCGCGCAGGAACACUUGGUGGCUGCACAGCACACAAUGCUCUGAUCACCAUCUAUCCACACGAGAGUGAUUGGGCAAACAUUGCAAAUCUCACCGGCGACACUUCGUGGGACCCAAAGAAUAUGCGCCAGUAUUUCAGGCGCCUGGAACACUGCGACUAUCUUCCAACUGGUACCUCUGGCCAUGGCUUCACUGGUUGGCUAAAUACAGACCGCGCUGAUCUGGAAUCGACCCUGCGGGAUUCAAAGAUCCUUUCUAUCAUCACUGCUGCUGCUACUGCCAUGGGAAAUACUAUCCUUGGCAUGGUCCCCGAAAAAGUCGCCCAACUACUUGGACUCCUGCAGCAAGACGUGAACUCCAGUGAUCCUCAUCGGGAUUUGACUGAAGGCAUCUAUCAUAUACCCCUGGCCAUGAGCCAGGCAAAGCGAAGCGGCACUCGGGAUUUUAUCGUAAAUACGGCUAAGAAGCAUCCACUGCAUAUCAUGACAGGCUGUCUCGCUACACGUGUGCUUUUUGAGGAGAAAUCUGUCAUCGGAAACACGCCCAAGGCAAUUGGCGUCGAGUUCCUCGAAGGCAGCAGUCUAUACAAGGCUGAUCCACGGUCUGGCUUAUCCGCCGCCGGCACCAAGCACCGCGUCCUCGUCUCUCGAGAAGUCAUUCUUGCGGCAGGGGCUUUUAACACACCGCAACUCCUCAAGUUGAGUGGAGUUGGCCCGAAAGACGAGUUAGAGAGGUUUGGAAUUCCUGUUGUUAAAGAUAUGCAGGGUGUUGGCACCAAUCUUCAGGACCGCUACGAGGUUCCCGUCGUCAGCAAAGUAAAUAAUGACUUUCAGACCAUAGCACAAUGCACCUUCGGAAAGCCUGGGGACCCAGCCCUUCAAGAGUGGAUGCAUCAGUGUGGACCCUACCUAUCGAAUGGACUUGACAUUGGCAUGGCGAAGAAGUCAAAAUAUGCUGAUGGGGACCCUGAUCUCUUCAUCUUCGGUGGCCCUACCCUCUUUGAGGGCUACUAUCCUGGACAUUCUGAACGCGCCACGCUCGACAAAAAGCAUUUCACGUGGGCCGUACUUAAGGCUCAUACACGUAACCGUGAGGGAACUGUCAGGCUCAGCUCAGCCGAUCCUCGGGACGUGCCUGAUAUCAAUUUCAAUUACUUUGGCACAAGUGCGGCCGCGAUAGAGGCAUCCGAGCGGGACCUGAACGCCGUUGCCGAAGGUGUUGGCUUCGCGCGUCACAUCAUGGAGAAGAUGCCACUGUUCGAUAAUGAGCCUCCUGAAGAACAGUCACCUGGUUAUGAAGUCUCUUCUGUGGAGCAGGUGAAGCAGUUUAUCAGAAAUGAGGCGUGGGGUCAUCACGCCUCAUGUACCUGCCCUAUAGGGUCAGAUGGAGACCCAAAAGCUGUUCUUGAUUCUCGUUUUCGUGUCCGCGGCGUGAAAGACCUGCGAAUAGUUGAUGCCUCUGUCUUCCCGCGCAUUCCUGGAUUCUUUAUUGUCCUUCCAAUCUACAUGAUUAGUGAGAAGGCGACUGAUGUCAUUCUUGAAGACAUUCGCGAGACUCGCAAUGUCUGAAGCACCUCCGCUCCAGACAUAGGUUGCGGCAGUCUCUCAGUCUCCUUAAUAGCCCCUUCUCUCGGGGUUCAGACCAUCUAUAGCGGUGAAUUUAAUAUGAAGAAAAGUCCAGCUUAAGCCGGAGGUAGAUCAUAAGUAUCUUGUGAUAGGCUGUGAUACAAAGGCCUAGCCGAUGACGACUGCCGCUGGCCUGCUAGGGGUAGUAAUGGUGGUUAUGUGAGCAACCAAAGAAGACCUGCCGCCUCGUACAUUUCUGACCUCUCUAUCUCAUCGCUCUCG